AUGAGUAAGCAUUCAAGUUUGAAUGAAAGAGUGAAUAGCAUAAAUGUGAUUGAUUAACUGAAUAAUUCUAUCACCUAGGCUUACGUGCAAAAUACUAAUAUGUCCAUUGACUAACGCUCUCGCAGUCAGUAUUCGAAGUAAAGUUCCUCUAAAAUGGAUAGUGAUGCCAAUUUUUUCAAGGGCAAAAAAGCAUCGUAGUAAUUGGAACAGGAAUUGUAAUAGCAGUUAUUUGUAACGGGGCUAUUGGAAAGACAAAGAGCGCCACAUAUUGAAACUUAGUAAAAGUUAGAAAAAUGUGUGGAUGGUAUUGAAGAUCAAUUUGGAAAUGUACUUAAUAGACAUGAAAAUGAUUUUGUAAAUGCAUACAGAGGUCAUAUGGUCAAAGUUCAAAAAGAGUUAUAAUAUCUGCGAAACAAAGCUAGUGAAACGGCUGGAAAGAUUUUAAAUGAUGAUUCCAUCACUAAUCUUUAAGAUUAGAUUGGCAGGUUCAAAAGUGCUGCCAUCAACCUUGAUCGAAUUCUUGAAAUCUAAAAGCGUGAAGUGUAAAAACUUAAAAGCAAGGAGCUUAACAUAAAUGAGGACAGAAAAUUUUUGAAAGAACAAACAAAAGAUGCUAUGAAACAUAACAAAUUACUUCAGGUUGCUUUGAAGAAGACCACUCAGCAGAAUAAACUAAUUAGGGAAUUCCUUGAAAAGAAUAAAGUUAAGAGACCUAGACCGGGUAGUCCUGAUAGAUGUUAAUUAUCUCCAAGGCAGAUAAUCAAUCAAACUAUGGCGUAAUUUAGAGAGCCCUUUAUUACUCAGUAAGUACCUACAGAAAUUAACGAUUAGAACAUCCCAAAUAACAACUAAGACUACACCGCAAAGAAUCUAUUAUAAAUGCAAAAGAAUAUGAUAUCUCACGAGAUGCUUUCCUAAGAUUCCUAGGAUUUUAAGAUCAAAGAAUUUGUGCAAGAUUUGUUUAAGAGAGGCUACUCAAAAGAAAAAAUUGAGCUUAAAAUAGCCAAAUUUUUCAAGCUAUAUGACCUUUCUAGGGAUGAGAGGAUAGAUACAUUACAAAGGAGACUAGAAAAUCAGAAGCGAAACAACUUAAAGAUUAAGAAUUAUAAAGCCUAAGAUUACUCAGAAAAAUCAGAAAUAGAAAAUCUGUUCUUAGAUUGUGUUGAUGAAUGCAAACGAGAUCUAUUAAAGAAAAAAGCAAUGAAUGCUUCUCAAGCUAAGUUCUCAAAUAAUAUGAUAGUCGAAAGUACAUCAUCAGACCACCAAGCUUUGAUGGAGCAAGUAAUACUUAACAAAGAGACCUUAAUUACAGUCUUUGAGUAAGUUUUUGGUACUGGAGGUUUUGUAGGAGCAGCAAUUGGCAAUCUGGAGCACUAAUUGAAAAAUAAAAAGUUUUCAUUAGGUGCCAAUUAAUCAAUCAGUUACUUUUCAAAUGCAACAACAAAAGAAAAUCAAAGUGAAGAAGCUGAAAGAUUCCAUCAAAUUAUGACUGCUCCUAUUGAAAACCUAAUCAAUAAUAUGAGUGAGUUUUCAAAUAGCCAAACCAGGAUUGGCAUAAGAAAGUUUAGCAAUAAUGAUACCUCAAUACAUACUAAUAAAAGAGCUUAGACAGCAGGGGGUGGCCAAAAAUAUAGCUCUCAAGUUAAUACAGCUCUCACUUAUUAUAAUGAUUCAGCACCAAUCCCAGAGUAUGAGCCAGAUAGAUAUAUAACAAACAUCAGAGCUGUUACUUCUCAUAGUUAAAAGCGAGACAGUUUUCUGGUUUAGGGUGACAAAAGUAGGUAAAACAAUAUAAAGCCUCAAAGCUCUUCAAAAGAACGCUCCUUUUCUGUUAAAAAUGGGAAACUAGUCAUGAAUCAUGCUGCUAAUAUGAAUAUUAGCAUUAAGCAGUGA